AUGAACACUCCUACGGAGGAGAAUGGAGACUCAGAGCUUGUGGGGAUGGGACUCCGUGUCUCUGUGUCUCCCGCACAAACUGCUUUUUACAUCCUCCUGGUGAUGCUGGGAAUUGUGGGUAACGCCACAGUGGUUGUAGUGAUUGGUAAAAGUGUAAUAAUGGACCGUGCUGGUGGCCGCAACUCAGACAUCAUCAUCAUUAACAUGGCACUGUCCAACCUGCUGGUGUCUGUGAUGAGGAACACAUUGCUUGUCAUCUCGGACACAGGACUCCAGUUAUACUCAUCCAAAGAGUGGUGUCAGUUCCUCAUGGGUGUCUGGGUGUGGCUGCGAUCGGUCAAUGUGUGGUCAACCCUCUUCCUCAGUGCGUUCCACCUUCAGACACUGAGGCGUGUAGCUCCCGUUAUAGGAACCCUCCAUGGGUCCCGUGGCCCUCCUAAGUUGCUGCUGCUGGGCCUGGGCCUCAUCUGGCUUCUCAACUUAUUUUACUCUAUUCCUGCUCACGUCUUUUCUACUAGUGGGAACGAGAACACCACAGAGACCCUAAUGCUGGUAAGCAGCACAACACGCCCCCUGCUGGGCUGUGUGUGGAACUUUCCCUCCGGCUACAGCGGCCUGGCCUAUGCCACCACAUCUAUGGUGAUCCAUGAAACUAUUCCCAUCAUCCUAAUGGCUUUCACCAACCUGGGCUCCCUCUACACACUGUACACCCAUGGCAGGAUGAGGAGUUCAGUGCAAGAUGCACCUGUCAUAAAGCGGGUGCCAGCUGAGAGACGAGCAGCCAAGGUGAUCCUCGCUCUCAUCAUGCUCUUCAUUGCAUCCUGGGGAACCAGCAUUAUCUCUGUUAACUAUUUCAACUACAACCGUGGCUCGUCAGCUGAGUUUCUUCUUGUCAUUGCUCGAUUCGCCAACAUUAUCUUCAUUGCCUUGUCACCUGCUGUUCUAGCAGUCGGCCAUCGUCGGCUGCGUUCUUUCAUCAAGUCUAUACUUGCUCAUUGACUGAGCCCAGACAGUCCUGCCAACCACGAACUAUUAUUUCUUUAUCAGCUUUGUCCAAAUACUUCAAAUGGAGGUUUAAAGAGUCAUGCCUACAGGUGUGUAUAAAUCAUGUUGCCCUCUAUUAACGUCUGGUUAGGCUUAAAUGAAGGAUUCAGUGCAAGGGGAGGGUUAAAACAUUAUGAUAUAAUGUAUUCAAUUCUUUAUUUAGACAUUGCUUAUAGAUGGUGAAAAAUCUAAACAGUUGGUCAAAAGAAACAAAUAAGUUGAACCCCAAGUUUCUAUCAUAUCGUCACCCUAUUAAAAUAAUGGCCUAAGUCAUUUUUUAAAGUUUUUGGGAAAACACAAAAAACCUUACCAAAUGCAGAGCAUAUGAUAUUUAUUAAUCAUUUCAAUCAAAAAGGCCUUGACAGUGGAUGACUGUUGACAUACAUAGAACGUUGUGUGUCAAUCAUGUAACAUUAAAGAAUAAAGUGA